AAAUAGACGGUGUCAUAUAUAUGCUAAUAGGGACGCAAAACUACGUUGCUUUUGAAUCUGAAUCAUAYAAUCUUUCUCCCAGUUAUACAAAGAAAAAAAAUCAUUUCAAAAUAUCAUGUCAGCAAAAAAACCUCCGGGAGAUGUUGAAUCUACGAAACUUGUCAAAGACAAAAACGAUGAGACAAUACAAGAAAACGACCAAAGCCUUUGUAGUCGAAUCUGCUCAGCCUGUUGCGAUAGGUGUUGUCGUUUAGUGCUUGCUGUUAUUCUCUUUCCGUUUGUAAUCGUGCUUACUCUGUUGGCCUUGAUUGUUUGGCUCAUCCUGCUACCAUUACGGUGCUGUUCGUCUUGUUUGGGGCCCGUUAUCGACGCUGUAGUGAUGGUUUUGACUCUUCCUUUGAGGAUGUUCCGCUGGGCGCUUGGAGGCUCAUUCAAGGAUGACCAUUUUGGAUGCAAGGAAUAGAAAAAUUGAAUAAGUUUUUAAUUAAAACUUAUUUUCAGAAUCAA